GCAGCUGCGGCCCGCCCUCCCGCUUUCUACCGUUUUGGCGGCUUGUAGGAAACAUGGCGGAAAAUUUGAAAGAUUGCCAUGUUCCCUGUAAGAUGUCCUGGGACGAGGUGGAGACGCUGUGCCGCCUGGAGGAGCUGCGCUGUAAGGACCUUGGCGUGAGCCGGGCCAAUGUGCACGAGUACGAGGUGGAGUUCAUCUGCGACUACAAGAGGACCAAGGAGGAGGAGUUCUACCUGGUGAAGUGGCGGGGCUUUACUGAGGCGGAGAACACGUGGGAGCCCAAGUCUAACCUGAAGUGUCGUAAACUGAUGAAGCAGUUCCACCUGGACCUAGAGAAGGAGCUCAGACGCCACAAGAGGCGUUGUGUGCCACGCAGACUGGACAAAGAGAUCUCCUCACUCUUGGCCAAAAAAGCCAAACUCCGGCAGUCUCUGCAACGCUGGCAAGCCCAUCUCAACCACACCAGCAACCACCCUGGGCGCAUCUACGUGGUCAACGACGUGGACCUAGAGGGGCCGCCCAGAAAUUUCACCUACAUUAACAACUACAAGGCAGGCCCGGGCAUCGUGCUGGACGAGAUGGCUGUGGGAUGUGAGUGCACGAACUGUAUUGAGGACCCGGUAGAUGGGUGCUGUCCGGGAGCCUCUCUGCACCGCAUUGCUUACAACGAAAAGCAGAGGCUGCGGGUACGAGCUGGGGAGCCCAUCUACGAGUGUAACUCCCGCUGCAGGUGUGGGCCCGACUGUCCUAACCGAGUGGUGCAGAAGGGCAUCCAGUUUGAUCUGUGCAUCUUCAAGACGGACAAUGGACGCGGCUGGGGCGUGCGCACACUGCAGCAUAUCAAUAAGAACACCUUUGUCAUGGAGUACAUUGGAGAGAUCAUCACUAAUGAGGAGGCAGAGAAGCGCGGACGUGAGUACGACAGCCAGGGCUCCACAUACCUGUUCGACCUGGACUAUGUGGAGGAUGUGUACACGGUGGACGCCGCGCACUAUGGCAACAUCUCCCACUUUGUCAACCACAGUUGCAAUCCAAACCUGCAAGUGUUUAACGUCUUUAUAGACAACAUCGACGAGCGGCUGCCCAGGAUCGCCCUGUUCUCCACACGAGCUAUCUGCGCCGGAGAGGAACUCACCUUCGACUACAAGAUGCAGAUUGACCCGGUGGAUUUAGAGAGCAGCAGGUUGGACUCCAGUAUCACAUUAACAGACCUGCCCAUCUCUAAGAGCUCUCCAAAGAAGAGGCUCAGGGUGGAGUGUCGCUGCGGCUCCGACUCCUGCCGGAAGUACCUCUUCUGAUGUGGCCUUUUCUCCAGACUAUUCUCCAGACAGAUUACCAAUUUCAUUAGUGUGUUUGUACAUGUCCAGAGAUGUUUUUCUAUGAACUAUGGGGAGUUUUUGUAACACUGCAGCACUAUUCCAUGGCUUGUCAGGAGUUGUGGCUCAGGCUAAGGCUGGGUACUGCUCGCAUUGUUUCAACACAAGUACCUCAACACAAACUGGUUCUGUACCUGUUCAUACCAGUAGCCCCAACAAUCAAGCCAAAUAAUGAGAGGCAGACGUGAGAGCAGUGCUCAGCCCUGACUCAGUACAGCUCAGUGCCUUUUUAGAGGCAGAGACAGGGCCUAACAUGGAGCUCAAAACUGUAAAGAAGAGAUAUGCUGCUGCACUGACUUUUUCAGCUUAUAACAAUGUUACUGUUUUCUGUUCAUUUGGUCUUACUAAUACGAAUGCAACAUGCAAUUGUAUCAUUGGUUCUUUCAAGUUAGUCAGUUGCGUUCUUUUCCAGCCAGGGGCAAACGGAUGUGAAACUGAGACGUACAUGGUCCUAGAAAGGUGAUAUGAUAAUUCUUUAAGUUAUUGCCCCUUAGGCUGUUACCAUUACACUGUUUACACCAUAUAGAAUGUGCUCCGAAUUUGAGUCUGGUGUGCCAGCUGAAUUUUUUUUGGAUUUUGAACCUUCUUUUGGACAGAAGGUUUCAUGUCUGACUUGAAGCAAUGUGCAUGUUUAGAAAAAUAAGUGAAUUUAUCAAAUGCUUUAUGUUGUGUAUACAAAAUUGUGGGGCACAAGGACUCCCUCUGCUGGUGCACAAGAGAGUGAUACAGUCAGGCUAAUAACAGUUGCUAACAUUGAAGUUGAUUAGAUGUGCUGAAAUGAUCUAAACAAAUCUAUUAAUAUUUUUGUUAAGGCAACCUCAUAUGGAUACAAGCUGAGAAAGGGAGUUUGGCAGAAUAUAGCUCCAUAACUUAUCAAUCUUAUGAAUGAUUUGAAGUGAAGACAGACCUUCCUCUUAGAAAACGUGUCAAAUGUAAAUAAAGUGAAAGAUUUGUACAUGUGCUCUUUACAGAAGAACUCACAAAAUGGCUGGUUUCAAUAUAUUUGAGAUAUAUAUUUGAAAUAUUAUUUUUUAAAUAUAUUUAUACCAGUCUAAUAAUCCUGGAUUAUUGCAUAAAUAAAACUAGUAAAAAUUGU